CACCAUAAACAAGAUAAGAUCAAGAUGCAAGAAACACACACACACACACUCUGCAAAAUCCCUUUGUCAGUAUCCGUACUUUAAAUCCCAAAUUGGAACAACUAAUCCACAAUUAAACCCCCAAAAUCAUCCCCAACACCCAAAUUCCCAUUCAAUUUCACCCCAAAUCCCCCAAUUUCUAGAGACAGAGAACUAAUCUGACACCACCAAUCACCACCACAAUCAUCACCAAUCUGCAAUUAAACAAAAACCCACAUGGCGGAGACUAACGGCGGCUCAGCCGCACCACCGCCGCCGCCUCCACAACGGCGAGUUCCCGUUCCACCGAUUGCUCUGCCACCGCAAUCAUCGUUCGAAACCCUGUUCACCGGCGGACAAAUACCAGGGUUUAGUCCGGGACCCAUGACUCUUGUUUCAAAUUACUUCUCCGAUCAAUACCCAGAUGUUGAUUGCCGGUCGUUUUCGCAGCUUCUCGCCGGAGCUAUGGCUUCCCCUGUUUCGAAAAUUUCACCGGCGAGUGUUGUUGAGGGGACGGAUGAGAAGAAAUCAGGGGGUUUUAAGCAAAAUCGGCCGGUGGAUUUGGUGAUUGCUCAAUCCCCAUCUGGGUUUAUGUUUCCGAGUGUUUUUAGUCCUUCUGGGUUUCUUAAUUCUCCUGGGUUUUUCUCACCUCUUCAGAGUCCAUUUGGGAUGUCUCACCAGCAGGCAUUGGCUCAUGUUACCGCUCAGGCUGCAUUGUCUCAAUCUUAUUUCAAUCCUGUUCAACCCGAAAACGGAUCAUCUGCGACAAUAGUAUCCGAGGGGGAAUCGUAUAUGGUCAAUGCAGUCAAUGCGAACCCAGAGAUUGAGGAUUCACAAGUAGGAUCGCCAGAUGGGUUUCCGGGAUCUCAAUCCGACGUUACGGAACCUCAACAAGUCGUUUCUGUAUCGGCUGAUACCAAAGACGGUUACAAUUGGAGGAAGUACGGGCAGAAGCAGGUGAAAGCGAGCGAGCAUCCUCGAAGCUAUUAUAAAUGCACGCACCCUAACUGCCCGGUGAAGAAGAAGGUUGGGCAGUCGCUUGAUGGUCAUAUAACCGACAUUGUGUAUAAAGGUCAACACAAUCACGAGCCACCUCAACCUGGCAAACGAGGUAAAGAGGGUGCUGAUGCGAACAAACAGAACAAUUCUCAGUUUGUAAAACGUGUAGCAGAAGAACCGGUGGUGGAUCAAGGAUCUAACCACAUGAUUAGAACAGAUCAAGGAUCUAAUCAGAUGAUGAGAACUGAUCAAGGUUCUAAUCAGUUGAUGAGAAUAGAUGAGCCAGAUGAUGAACCGAAUCCGAAAAGAAGGAAUACAGAGGUCGGGCCUGUGUCCGUGCCUGUGGACUCGACUUCAGCUCACAAGAUGGUCUCUGAGCCGAAAAUCGUAGUGCAAACACGAAGUGAGGUUGAUCUUUUGGAUGAUGGAUUCAAGUGGCGAAAAUACGGGCAGAAAGUGGUCAAGGGGAAUACUAAUCCAAGGAGUUACUAUAAAUGCACAUAUGCGGGAUGCAACGUGCGAAAGCAUGUAGAAAGAGCUCCAUCGGAUCCGAAAUCUGUGGUAACAACAUAUGAAGGGAAACAUAAUCAUGAUAUUCCGGUAGCAAGGCAUCGAGGCUACAAUAACAACAACAACGGUGGUGGGCAAAUGGGGAAAUCUACAAGACCAGCACAGCGCAAAGACACCAAUUUAGGAAACAACGAAAGACCCGUUCUUUUGCAAAUGAAAGAAGAGGAAAUAAUCGCGUAAAUGGUGUGUUGUGAAUGUGGUAAUGUAAAAGAUCCGUUUUGAAGCUUAUAUUGUUGCUAACAGAUGUUCCAGUUUGCUUCCAUAUAUAUAUAUAUUAUAUAUUUUUUUUAAUAUUGUUUGAUUGUUUUAUUGAA